AAUACUGCAUUGUCCAAAAUUCGUACUGUUUCAAAAGUGAAAGGCACGUUGUUUGUGUUUCAUUACGAUGAUGAUGAUGAUGAUGAUGUCUUCCACCAUCUAGCAGAGGAAAGACUUGCGGUGCGAGCUUUCUGCUACUGUUUUUACUGUCCUUUGGUACUUCUGCCACUUCUGCUUCAAAUGCUGCGACAAUUUUUUCGCAGAGAUCUGAGCUCACAGCUCAGGUUGUGCUCGUUGCUUCCCCGUCGAUACAAAAGUGACGACAAUGCAACACCGACAAGAAAAAAGUACACACCAAGACGAGCAGUGCUUUACGUCCCGGGAAACGAUGAGAAGAAAAUUGUGAAAACCACCAACUUGGAUGUGGACUGUGUCGUACUUGACUGUGAAGAUGGAGUGGCCGUAAAUAAGAAGAAAGAAGCCAGGGAGACGAUUGGCAAAGUUCUGGGCAGUCUCCAAUUUGGAGCCAGGACGGAUGUGGCAGUACGCGUCAACUCGGUGGGAAGUGGUCUGGCAGAGGAAGACCUGGAGUGCAUCCUGGAAGCCAAGACGCUGCCCAGCACCAUCUUCCUGCCCAAGGUGGAGAGCAAGGACGACGUCACCUGGCUCAUGAACCAUGUGCAGUCGGAGUUGAAGGACCGCAAGAGGGACAAGCACAAGUUUGACUUGGUGUUGUACGUCGAAACCGCGCUGGGACUCCUCAACUGCCGAGAGUUCCUGGAGCACACCAGAGAAAUGUCGGAGUUCACCCGUUUCCGACUGGCCGGACUUGUCUUCGGCUCGGACGACUUUACAGCCAACAUCGGUGCCACCCGUACAAAGGACGCAAAGGAAGUGCUCUUUGCCAGGCAACAAGUGGUGGUCCUGGCUAAGGCAUACGGCAUCCAGGCGAUCGACAUGGUUCACAUUGACUACAAAGACCUGGAGGGGCUCCGGGCGCAGUCCCUGGAGGGUGCCUCGAUGGGCUUCACGGGCAAGCAGGUGAUCCACCCGGGCCAGGUGGCGGUGGUGCAGGAGGCUUUCUCCCCCUCGCCCGAGCAGCUCGACAGGGCCCGCAGGAUGGUGGCACAGUUCGAGAAGCACCAGAAGGAGGGCAAGGGUGCCUUCACCUUCGAAGGCAGCAUGAUCGACAUGCCGACGGUGCUACAGGCAACCAACCUGGUGGAAGCGGACAGGGCCAUCCAUGCCUCGCGGGAAAACAAGGUCGAGGAGAAGAACUCUUCGGACGACGAAAAGCACGAAAAGAAGGCAAAGAAGGAGAGCUAGGGGGGCACCUAUGGCCCACUUAGGAGUGAUCAAAUAAAUGUGUCUAGAAGCGACU